AUGGCGCAGCUCCGCCUGACCCGCUUCUUCCCGCUGAGCAAGGCCGGCCCGGGGGGGCCGCGGGGCGCCAAGCGGCCUCUGGGGCCUCCCAGCCCCUCCGCCCUGGAUAAGGAAGCAAAGGAGUUGGUGAAUGAGAUUCUCUCGCCUGGCUUGAAGGAGGAGGAGGCAGCCGCCUUGAUGAGAUCUCCACCUUCUGGGCAGGAUGCAUCCCAAAAGCAGCUCCUGGAGCUGAGGGGCCGUCUGGGCAAGAUCCAUAGCCUGGUACAGAAGAUCAAGGGGGGAGCCGCCAAUCUGGAAUCUGGUGGCGACCUAAAGAGCCGACUGGAACGGGCCCGGUUGCUGGAAUCCAAGAUCCGCCAGGGGAAGCUCUCCUCGAAGGAGGAAAGAAAGGAUCUAGAAUCCACAGCCGAGAUCAGUGAGAAGGUGCCGGCCUACCAGCGCUUCCACACCCUCGCGCAAGACGUGCCCCCUGGUCUUCUCCUGCCGUACAAAUACAAGGCUCUGGCUGAGAUGUUCCGCAGCACGGACACCAUCGUGGCGAUGAUGUUCAACCGCUCGGAAGCCGUCACCUUUGCCAAGGUCAAGCAAGGCGUGCAGGACAUGAUGCGCAAACGCUUUGAAGAACAGCACUUGGGACAGAUAAAAACGGUGUACCCGGGUUCUUACGUUCUGCGCCGAGAGAGAAACAUCCCUGCCUUCGGUGGACCAGGCAAGCGAGGCACCUACCAGCUGACUGUCGAACCAGGGCUGGGAGCAGGGGAGAAGCUGACUGCUUCCCGGCUGAUGGAACGCCGGAGCAUCUUCUGCAAGAACUUGACCGCCAUGGUCAAGGAGCACCACAAGGCGUUCCUGGCUUCUCUGGACCCUCCAAUGGUGAUAGCGGAGGAUGAGCUGACCCGCUGGCACCCUCGCUUCCGGGUAGACGAAGUGCCCGAUGUUGUGCCCACUGAGCUGCCCCAGCCUCCCCACGUGGACAGGGUCACCACUGCGCAGGAGGUGCUGGCCAAGGCACAAGGCAUGCUGACACCUAAGAUGGAAAAGGCAUUAACCAACCUGGUCCUAAGGACGGCAGAUACCAGCCCCUCCACCCCGCAGCUUCCUCGCCCAGCUGUGCCCGGAACCCCCAACAGCCUGAAAGGCGUCUCACAGUCCUUAGUAGAAAGGGUCAGGGCCAAGGAGGCUCAGAAGCUGCAGGCGCUGAUGACACGGAGCCCCCAGCAGGAGCAGCGGCUGGCGAUGCUGACCCGUCUGCCCGAGAUGGCACGUAUCCUGCGCAACAUCUUUGUGGCAGAAAAGAAGCAGGCCCUCUCCAUGGAGGCGGCAUGCCAGCGGAUGAUGGACAGCUACCAAGCUCUCAUGCCCAUGGGAGAGAUGGAAAAGCACCUCCACCUCUUCGCAGAGCUCCUGCCGGAUUGGCUGCGCAUCCUUCCCAUUCGCCAGGAGAGUUACCUGAAGCUGGACAAGGCCAUGGACCUCAAUAUUGUAACCGAGAGGCUGACUGCAAGAAAGCGGAAAGAGGAGACACUCUGA